AGCAGACGCGCGCAUUCCACUCCAGACGCUCGACGCGAUACGUUGGCUCUUUCGCUGGGGCUUAGCACUUAAACUUUUCUUCUCUCCGUUUGUGUAUGUGUUUCUGUUUGUUUAUCAUUUGGUUCAUUCGUUAUGAUCGUUUCAUUUCUCUGACUUUAUUGUUAUCUUGUCAGGAGUUUCGUAUAAGUUACGAUGGAUUCAAGCGAGUUCGAGAAUUUUGCGGGUACUAAGUUCUUCAUUAUGGCAGUACAAUGUUUAAUGACAAAGAAAAAUAAAACUUUGGGAAGAAUGUUGAAAAAACGCGAGCACGACGAGAUCGAACAAACCGGUUUCCUUUGGAUUCAACUUAGGCUUAUGGUUUGUGUGGGAAUUUGACCGCAAGCAAAGCUUAACAACUUCACAAAAACUCACAAAGACAAAAGUGAAUGCCAAACAGGCAACAAUACGAAAAGAUAUGAAAGCGAUGGGAAAGAAAUUACCAAAAAAAAAAGAAUGAACUCCGGCCGGGACAAUAGGAGCCAAAAAGCCAGAACGGUAUAGAACAUAAAUAAACAUGGGCAAGCUACUGUCGCUCAAGAUGCAUGAGAACAAAAGAAGUAGCCUCAGGUCGUUUGUGUGGGUGUUGGUGAAUUAGGGUAAUUAAACGAUAUGCGGGACAUUCAUUUCCUGCAAUGUUUUUGAAAAUAAUGAAGUGUUACAAGCUCUUUUAAUCGGCGAAAGCUGGCAUAAGUGUAGCGGAGCUCAUACAUUAACCGCCACCCGGUCAAUGCUAAAAAUCAUAAAUAGGCGAAUUUUGUAAUGGCUUUAUGAACACCCGCAAAGUGAAGUUAAGAUUUUGGUGCUUGAAAAAGGAGCAAAAUAAGAAGAUUCAUCAAUACAAAAUCUACUGAAAUUUGGAUCAGAGCAAACGGAAUUCAAUGCCAAUGCAAGUCAACAUUUCGAAUGUUCCAAACCGCUUUCCGCAACCCUAUCCAUUCUCCCUAAUCUUUGAGAAACGGUUUUUGCUUGGAGUUUCCCUACGAAAAAAUGUCAGAAAUAGUUAGAAAUGACGUCAGCACUGAAUCACUCUGCACCGUAAUAGAAAACUUUAGCGGAAAUAAUAGCACCAAUAGUAAGCACAACACAAGUAGAACCCUCCAUAAAAACUCCGAUGAUCAAACCAACGUAUCAGAAAACCCAAAUGUUCCUUCCAAAGAAAUUAUUAUUAACUUAGCCACCAGCAGCGACGUGUCGGACAAAUCACUGUAUGAUACCUGUGAUACAUCUCAAGAAGAAUCGAAUACGUCAAGAUCGGAAGCGAUUAGGCCAAGCACAAAGCUCAAGAAAUCGGUUUCCUUUGAUCCGCAAGAUGAAAAAGUGCGUAAAUUCAUUGCCGGCGAACCGAUUGUAGAUCAGAAGAAUCCAUUUAAACAAAAUUAUUCCACUUGGGCAAAUUCUGCUAAGAAGAAGAAAAUUCCGCCUCCGGUCCCAACCAAACGAUCGACGUUGAGUGUACGAAAAACUGUAACCCAACAACUGCGGGAAAGAGAGCGUGAGAAAGAGAAGGAAAAAGAACGACUAAAAAACGAAACCAAUAAUCGAAAGUCAAGCGUUGGCGUCAAACCAUCCUUGCCAUCUCCCGACGACUUUGUCACCACUGAAGAAGUCCUCAAUCAAUCCAAAUAUGUCAAGACGUACAUAAAAAAUCCGGAUCCUUACUUUGUUUAUGAUCCGACGAUACUUGCUCGCCUUAAGUGUGAAGAAUUACGUGAUCUUGCUGAGAAGAAGCCACAACAAAAAAAGCUACGUUUAUCAAACCAAACCAGAGAUCGAAUAAAAGACUUAAAAAGCAAGCCGUCAGCAGAGACAUCACUUUCAUAUUCGAAACUCCCAUUUAAGAAAUGUUCAAAGCCGAAUUAUCCCGAUCUAUCUGAUAUUAAGAUAAAAGUGGGUACCGACCUGGACGGAAAUUUCUUUAACCCAGCCGAAGUCUCUAAGAACGCGAAAAAAUUCGAUGAUAGAGUGAAAAAGCUCCAUAUAAGUUCUGAUGAUGAUCUAGAUGAAUUAGAUUGUCCCCUAACCAAAAGCGAGUCGAGUGACGAAGUGACACCAAAUUUGGUAAAUAAAGAAAUAGUCAGCGAACACGAAAAUAAAGAGGCCAACGCUGAAAUGAUGAACGCAGAAAGUCAAUUUAAAACGCCAGUUGAAGGCACAUUUACCGACACGAUAAAAUCAAAAGAAUUUCAAGAAUACCUUGAGAAAAAAGGUCUUACUUUGAUACCCAAAAAAAUUCCAAAUGGCGCACGUCCUGUGUACACAAAUGGCAUAGAUGUGGCGAAAUCAAAUCCGCGCAUAUCUUUUAAAAGUCCCGAAAGCGUACAGAUCUCAGUUGAUACUACAGAUGCUGCUAGAAAUUUUAAAAAGCCCUCAGUAUUCCAACGUCUGCUAUCUAAUAGCAUUUUUGCUACAAGGCGUAAAACAACUCCCAAAGAUAUCGUUCCUACACCCAGGUCAUUAUGCAAUUACAAUACGCAUGUCAAAGAAAGCAAUGAUAAUUUGCACCCGUCGAUGAAACGAGUCAUCCUGGAGAGACAAAGUUUUCAUGGCCGGCCGCGUGCGACCAACAUUUUAAGUUCCGCCGAAACCGAUUAUCUAAAACACCAAGAUGAACGUUCGCGAAAGAGUUAUGCAAGUGGCGAUAAUAUUUCCCUUUCACUAUCUAGUGUCUUAACCAAUGCCGAACUUACACAUUCUGCGGAACGAAACGUUCACACUCCCAUAAUGAAACCCCCGAGGCGCACACAUUCCCGGGAACGGCUAGGCAAUGCUCAACAAGCGAAACCAUCGCAGCAAAGUACAACAAUUUUGAAACCAAGAGCCCAGCGAUUCCCAGCGGCACCUAUAAGUGGAACACAUCUCACGUCAAAAAAACUUGAAAGUGAACCAGAAGGAACUCUUAAACGAACUGCUGAGCGUCAGAGUCUCAUACCGAAACGAACCACACAAACACUGGACCGCAGACAGAUGUUUGGUCGUUCCUCUUCGAUGGACCGCAACGAAAUACUAAAAAAGAGACUGGUGCGAGAGCUUCAAAAUCGCUCAAAAAGUGACAACGAGGCUUCAAAGGUUUCAACUCCCUUAGCAUCCAAGGAAAACAUACGCGAACAAUUUUCGACACUGAACGGACCCAAACUUACUUCAACGCCUAUUCGAAAUGUGAAUAGCGAUAACGACAGGAAAGACUUUGUGCAAGGUGCAAAAACUACCAAUAAGAUAUACGUCGACCAACAGGAAUGGGAGCGAUUGAAGGCAAUGAAAGACCGCAUGGAUAAAGAACUUUACUUCCGAAUGUUACAAGAACAAAAACUACAGCAGGAUGCAGAAAACAUAUACGAACGCCUUCAACCAACCCAACAAAUACUUAUUGCUCAACCCUCUAGCGUAUCGACUCAACCGAGAUCGCUGGAAACCAAUUUCAUUCGAGGUUCACCCCAAAGGAACACCUUUUCAGGUUUGACCAAGAAUCGCCAAGCCAAAAUUAUUGACGGAAGAGCACUGAUUCCCACCGCCGCCGAAUAUCCUCUAACGACAAUGCAGUCCAUUCCUAGUAUAAACCACUCAUUUUUUGAAGCAACUCCUCGUAGUCAAAGUGUCUUAGAUAAUAUGACUUUAACGUCGAGGCAUAGUAACGGUAACAGAAAGGGCUACGAAAGUGAUGUGGGCACACCUGUUGUUCUACGACGAAAAGAUAAUAAUCCAACGGAACACUUCGAGCAACCUGAACAGCGGCGCAUCGGAGGCAUACUGACUCGAGAUGAGAUUUUGCAAAAAGUGAAGGAAUUUUGCAGAAAAUCAUUAAAUAAAACGCCCACUCUUCAGCAACCACAAGUGGUGGCAAUUAACAAGAAGCAACCGGGACCCUCCGACCUAUCACCGGUAUCGUAUGCUUCUGUUGAAACGAAUCUGCGGCCACCUUCGCGGAUGUAUGCUGCUCCACAAGUUCCACAACGCAUGCAGAGCCUGCCACAACAGUUCAUUCCAAUAAACCCGAACACAUCAUCGCCAAUAUAUGCACAUGUUGUGAAAAGAAGCAGUUUACUAUCGAAUCAUUCGGGAAUUUACGACAGCCCGCUAAGAACAAGCCAGGAGGGGCGAGAUGUGGAAGCUCCAGCAAUGUACAUUAGCCGCGGAAGCUUGGCAGCUCCACAAUUUGUGCUUGUUGAGGGCGAUAAAUGGGUUCCUGCAACGCAAGUGAUUGGCUAUUAUCCCAGCCAGAGUGAUAUCUACGCACAGCCACACUACGUAAGGCCAUAUAAGUUGCAACCGGUUCCGGGUGCUUAUGGUUACAUAAGCGUUCGUGAACCCCAACCAAGGCAGCAGUUGCGGCCCAGGUUGCAUGAUGGACGAAGUACUCCGUUGAUACUUGAUAAUUCAAGUCAACAGACGAGUCAAAUAUAUUGGGCGCCACAUAACCAGCGUUUGCAGCAACACAAUGGCCUUCUGCCGGUGGAUAUCAGCAGCCCCCGCUACAUAUUCAAGCAGCUACACCCUCAGUCUACAACUGGAAUGGAAAUAGGUAAUAACAAACCGAUUCCUAACGCGGCUGGUGCUCAACAACAACCGCCUCCAAAAAUUGAACGUGGAUGCCCGCCAACUAAUCGCCAGCAUCAAAUGAAAAUUUCUACCGAUGAGCUGAGAGAUUUGAACAUUCAACACCCGUACGAGUGGGAGAGUGGCUCAGAAGCUGGUGAGGUCCAACGCAUACUGGAAAAUCCAAGAAAUAGUGGUGAGUUCAGAGAAAUUAACUUCUUAAGGAAUCUCAAAAAGAAAUUUUCUCGCUUCCUUUUUUGAACAUCUAAGGUUUAUGUAUCUGUAAGUGCAUGUACAAGUCCGUAUGUUUAAAAAUUGCUCGAAGAUUUAGAGUAAGUUUCAAGCAUUCCAUUUCAAUGUCUAUGGAUAUUUACAUAGUACAUAGAUAAAUACAUAUGCAUAUGUGUGAAGUGCACUUGUAAGCAGACCUAUGUAUGGGG